AUGCCUCUUGCCUGUCCAACACUCAACGAGCAGGUUGCAAACUGGCUCAAUUGGGAUAAGAACGAGAAGACACGUGGCGAGAUUCAGGCGCUUGUCGAUGAGAACAAUGAAGAAGCGCUCAAGGCUCGUAUGUCGACUCGUCUCGUCUUCGGAACAGCCGGAGUUCGUUCGCCAAUGCAAGCUGGAUUUGGUCGUUUGAACGAUUUGACGAUUAUUCAAAUCACUCAUGGAUUCGCUCGUCAUAUGAUAAAUGUUUAUGGACAACCGAAGAAAGGAGUGGCAAUCGGAUUUGAUGGAAGACAUAACAGUAGAAGAUUCGCCGAGCUCGCUUCCAACGUCUUCAUUCGUAACAACAUCCCAGUGUACCUCUUCUCGGAAGUCUCCCCAACCCCAGUUGUCUCUUGGGCCACAAUCAAAUUGGAAUGCGAUGCUGGCCUUAUCAUAACCGCUUCUCACAAUCCAAAAGAGGACAACGGAUACAAGGCGUACUGGUCGAACGGUGCUCAGAUCAUCGGACCACAUGACACUGAAAUCGUUCGGAUUAAGGAAGCAGAGCCACAACCCAGAGAUGAGUAUUGGGAUUUGAGCGAACUCAAGUCGUCACCCCUUUUCCAUUCGGCUGAUGUCACCAUUGAUCCGUAUUUCGAGGUUGAGAAGUCGUUGAACUACACCAGAGACAUCAAUGCAUCAACCCCUCUGAAAUUCACCUAUUCUGCAUUCCAUGGAAUCGGAUAUCACUACACUAAACGAAUGUUCGCUGAGUUUGGAUUCCCUGCAUCUUCGUUCAUCUCAGUUGCCGAACAACAAGAACCCAACCCCGACUUCCCCACAAUCCCAUUCCCAAAUCCUGAAGAAGGACGCAAAGUGCUGACUUUAGCCAUUGAGACAGCCGAUCGUAAUGGGUCUACGGUGAUUUUGGCGAAUGAUCCAGAUGCGGACAGAAUUCAGAUGGCUGAAAAGCAGAAGAACGGAGACUGGCGAGUUUUCACUGGAAACGAGAUGGGCGCUCUUAUCACAUGGUGGAUUUGGACCAACUGGAGAAAGGCUAACCCGUCGGUUGAUGCAUCGAAAGUCUAUAUUUUGAACAGUGCGGUGUCUUCGGCAAUUGUCAAAACUAUUGCUGAUGCUGAAGGCUUCAAAAACGAGACGACACUGACUGGAUUCAAAUGGAUGGGAAACCGUGCGGAGGAGCUUCGCGCUGAAGGCAACCAUGUGAUUCUCGCAUGGGAAGAGUCAAUUGGAUACAUGCCAGGACACACUUUGGAUAAGGAUGGUGUCAGUGCAGCGGCAGUGUUCGCUGAAUCGCCGCAUUCCUUCACACUCAAGGGAAAUCUCUCGAGGAUCAACUCACCGGAAGUCACCAAGGAGCUGUUCAGCACCCUCAGAGCCGACUUGAAAUUCCCAACAAAGAUCGGUGAGGCUGAGGUAGUCUCUGUGAGAGAUUUGACGAUUGGAUAUGACAAUUCGAAGCCUGACAACAAGCCAGUUCUUCCGCUUUCGACGUCUUCUGAAAUGGUGACAUUCUUCUUGAAGACUGGAAGUGUCACGACUCUCCGUGCAUCUGGAACUGAGCCCAAGAUCAAGUACUACAUCGAACUGAUCACUCCACCAGGAAAGACUCAAAACGAUUUGGAAAGUGUCAUCUCGGAGCUAGAUCAGCUGGAGAAGGAUGUCGUUGCCACGUUGCUCCGUCCACAACAGUUCGGAUUGAUUCCUCGCAAAUAA